AUGCAGGUCUACUCCGCCCCCGAAGGCUUUUUUAUCACUGGGGUGGGAAGACAGAAUGAUCCAGACGCCGAAACUUUCCGCGCCCCAUCCAAUCCGUUAAAGCGAUGGGACAACGAUGACUGCGAGCCUCAAGUAGUCAUCCCUGUGACUUUACAAGACGCACACAACGGAGUCCAUGGAUUUCCUGUCCAUGAAUCUUGUUGGAUUCUUCUUCAGGAUUUCUUCAAACCUCACGAUGUUCCUUUGCGUCGAAGCUACUUGGAUAUCGAAAUCGUCUUCUUUCACGCCUUACACGUCGAUCGAGAAACGACCGCCAGACGUUCUGGGCUUCCCGGUUCUGCCGCGGAGGCGACCGAGAUUUCUUUUUGGAAGCUCAAGGCAGCUGCGAGCCUCGGGAUUGGCUUAGACUAUACCGCAUCACCGGUUCUUCGCAAUGUUCGCCCGGGCUUCAAAAUCGGCGACGGAUCUGGCCACUACUUCGACAAUUCUCUCAACUAUUGUCUCUACAACGGCGAGGUUAUCAGGUUGGGCUAUAUAUCAACGGGUAAUGAGACUUUUGUAGAAGUCUCUCAGCUAAAUGGGUUCACCUUGGCAAUGGCACCUGAGGGCUUGAAGGGUUUAAAGAUCAUUGAUAAUGGCUUGGAAUCCCGAUGGGUCGGAUUUCCUCUCGACACUCCAGUCACUGAGCGCUUAGCUACAUUCAAAUCGAUCGAAGCUGUGGAAGUUGGUGUUGAUGCAUUCAAAAUUGUCACAUUCGCUGCGGCAGGACCGCGAAUGAAACGUCCAGCGCAAUUUGUGACCUCUCGCUUUUGGCAACAAUCAAGCUUCCUGUGGUAUCCAUCGACACCAAGUCCAGAGCUAUAUAUAAGCAAGAUGUCCUUGACUCGUCUUCGCCAAAGAAACCCUCAAUAUCGAGCAUUAGUUUGGGCUCCAUUCGGAGGUUCCAAAGGGGCCAAUCUGCAGUAUCUAACGGAAAUUCGUCUGAUCGAUAGUCGUUAUUAUCUAUGCAGUAUCGAGUUUCACUAUGACCAAGCUGAACAUGCGAUCGAGACUGUCAAGCUUGGCCAGCAUCAACCGAUGAUACCUUUCAAUGAAGGCACUCGGUUUUCUAUCGAUGGGCACGGCGGGGAACACAUUCAAAAGGUUUUCGCAAGCACUGAGCGCCCACAGGAAUUGCCAGAAGACGAGUUUCACAAUGUCGAACAACUCCACUCAGUCAAGAUCACAACGAAUACUGGAAGAUCUGUACACUUCGAACCGGAAAAACCCUCACGGAACCGGGCUGGUCCCACUGUAAUAUCCCGUUUAAGGGAAAUUAAGAUCGCGCCUGGAACAAAAAUCACUGGCUUGUAUGCCGAACAGGGCCAUCGAUUCGGCCUCCUAGCCCUUGGUGUAAUUUCUGAGGUAGUCUAA